AUGGCUACUAGUUCUGUGGGUGAAAGCAUCCACGAGAUCCUCCCUGGCAUCUUUAUCGGCAACUCUGAUGCUGUAUUGUCUGCAGAGACUCUAAACGAAAAGAAUAUUACGCAUGUCUUGUCCUUGGGAGAUUUCGGCGAUCUGCCCCUGAAAGUCGCUCACAAACAUAUCAACGUUUAUGAUGUUCCGGAAGAAAAUAUUAUUCAACAUUUCGACGACACGUUUGAAUUCAUCAAUGAAGCCCACAAGAGCAAUGGCAAUAUUCUUAUUCACUGCGAAGCUGGCAUGUCACGUAGCCCUACCAUUUUAGCGGCUUAUAUUAUGCGCAGUCAACAGAUCAGUGCAGCCAAAGCCAUUGAAAUGAUUACAGAGAAACGAGCCUCGAUUUUGCCAAAUUCGGGCUUCCGGGAUCAGCUCAAUUUGUACGAGCGCUUGAAAUACGACGUCAAUGCAAAGCAUGCAGAAUACAGACGAUUUUUAAUGGCGAGUGCUGCCGAAGAACAAAGAGCCCACGGUUACAUUGAAAAUAUGACACUGGCACCGGAUCCAGAGAUGCUCAAGGCGACGAAUCAGACGGUGAAGCAGUUGCGAUGCCGAAAGUGCAGACGUGUUUUGGCAGAUAUGGAUAACGUGAUUGAGCAUCAACCGGGCAAAGGACAGCAAGCAUUUUCUUACUUUAAACGCAAUACGGAAAUCGAUAUCACAGCAUCUUCGACUAGCAAUCCUUUGUCGGAAAAUGCACGAACACCGAUCAAUCAGGCAUUGAAUCCUCUGUUAGCUUCGAUUGCAGCAUCCAACAAUAACUGUUCGUCGUAUUUCGUGGAACCGAUGGAAUGGAUGGCGGAUAUUCACGGGUAUCAGAUCCAAGGUCGUCUGGAUUGUCCCAAAUGUACGGCUAAAUUAGGAUCCUUCAAUUGGAGUGGUGAACAAUGUUCUUGCGGAAGAUGGAUCACUCCAGCAUUUAUGCUUCAUCGGAAGAAUGUCGAUGAAAUUAAAGCGGUGACUCGACGCUAA